AUGAAGGCAAGCGAUGACGUGCCGACGGAGCUCAUCGAAGAAUAUGAAAUACCUACAGUGCCGGUAGUAUACAGAGGCGACGAACAACAUGAGGACGUAGCGAAAUGUUUUGUUGAGGCUAUAGUUGCGGUCAGUUGGAAAAUUGAAAAGUUAAUGAAAACUAACAUUCCUUUGACCAUGACCGCAGAGGAAGAAAAAACACAUCAAAAGUGUAAUACGUGUAAUUUGUGUAAAUGUAUUUUAGUCAGUGGCGAAAAAGUUAGAGAUCAUAAUCAUCUGAACGGAAAAUUUAGACAAACUUUGUGUUCAAAGUGUAACUUAGAGUUACAACAGCCUAAAUUUGUACCGGUAUUUUUUCAUAAUCUUUCAAACUAUGACUCACAUUUCAUAGUCACUGAACUUGGAUUUGAUACUGAAAGCAUAUCCGUUAUUCCGAAUAGUGAAGAGAAAUUUAUAUCUUUUACAAAACAUAUAAGUAGUAAGUUCACUAUUCGGUUUAUCGAUACGUUCAGGUUUAUGGCGUCUAGUUUAUCGUCCCUGGCUGAAAACUUAAUUAUACAAAAUUUCGAAAACUUCCGUGAGACAGCUAAACAUUUUGUCCGCGAAGAUAUGCCUCUUGUUACUCGGAAAGGUGUUUACCCGUACGAGUACACAGAUAGUUGGGACAAGUUGGAUGAGUCAUGUUUACCGGGAGAGGACGAUUUUUAUAGUACACUAACCGAGUCGGGGAUUAAUGAGGAAGAUUUCAAGCACGCGAAGGCGGUCUGGGACAACUUCAAGUGCAAGACGUUGGGCGAGUACAGCGAUUUAUAUUUAAAAAUCGAUGUUUUGUUGCUGGCCGACGUUUUUGAAAACUUCCGUGACGUUUGCAUGUCCACGUAUAAUUUGGACGCAGCCCACUAUUACACAGCACCAGGUCUGAGCUUUGACGCGAUGUUAAAGUAUACAGGCCAAAAAUUAGAACUUUUGUCUGAUUACGAUAUGUUGCUGAUGUUUGAGAAUGGUAUUCGUGGUGGUCUGGUACAAGCGAGCAUGCGAUAUGCAAAAGCCAAUAAUUUAAAGUUCCCGAAUUAUGACGAAACGAAAGAGAAAUCCUGGUUGGUGUAUCAAGAUUGUAACAACUUGUACGGUUAUGCAAUGUCGGAGUACAUGCCGCAUGGUAAUUUUAACUGGGUUGAGCCAAAUUUAGACGGUUUGAGCGAUUUAACUCCCAAAUCGGCUAGAGGUCGUGUAUACGAAGUAGAUAUAUCAUACACGAAACACUUGCACGAUAAGCAUAAUGAUCUGCCAUUCCUACCACAAAAUAGUAUACCACAAGGCUCAAAAGUGCGGAAACUUAUGGCGACGUUUGAGCCUAAGGUACAUAGAGUCUUGGAGUUUAGCCAGUCGGAUUGGCUUGCCAAGUAUAUUCAGUUAAAUACCGAUAUGAGAAAGAAAGCGAGAAAUGAUUUUGAAAAAGAUUUUUUCAAGCUCAUGAAUAAUGCGAUUUUUGGUAACUACUGUUAA